UGUCCGACGUCGGUAUCGAUCUGCUUUUGCCGCAAAGGGACCGAAAAUCAGAAAAGUCAAGCCCUUAACGUCGCGAUAACAGAUAUAAUAUGUUUUCCUGUUUUUUUAUACUGUAGUGGUCUAAGUUAGCUUGUUAAAAAUCUUUUAUACGCUGUUAUUUAAAUCGUUAAUUGACAAGAACGCUUGAGGGGAACAUGAGAUACAGAAAAUAUGCUUAUAUCACGGUGUUUUUGUGCGUGUGUUCGUUGGGACUGGCACAGGACGAAAGCAGAGAUACCAAACAACACCCGGAAUUAUCCAAAGUGGUCAAAAAUUGGGCUCAAAAAUUAGGUGGAGAAUUAUGGCACUUUGGUGAAUUAGUAACUAGACGACAUAGGGUAAAAGAAAGCUUUAAAGAUACCACAAUAGUAGUAGAAGAUGGAGAAACACUAUUGGCGGCCAUCCAUGAGAAUAUUUCUAGUAUGAUGAAACAAAAAGUAGAAGCAGUUAAGAGAAUAAUGGAUAUUGCAGAACAAGCAGCUCAAGCACAGAAAGAAGACGAUAUAGACUACAAUUUCCAAUUUUACAAUGCCAAAAAUUUAACCAACUCAGCACCUAAUAUGUCUGGGUCAGAUGAAAAUGAGAUUGAUUUACACUUGCCAAGGGAAGUAAAAUAUGAUGAAACCGUUAUGGCUAGUAAUAUUUAUGGACAGAGCUACCAGCUUGAUGAAAUGGAUGGUUACCAGCAAGAUCAAGAUUCUCCUGAAAGCGAUGCUUCAAAUAACGAUGAUUUUUUGGAAGAAGAAAACAAGAUAACUGAUGAUUUAGCAGAAAAAGAUCCGCAGGCUAGCCAAACUCAGUCGAUAGAUAAAUCAAAAUUACCCCUGUAUAGAAACAGGUUUUUCUAUAAUAUACCUGUUAAUAUAAAUCAUAGUGCCGUCCAUGUUCCUAGCAAUGUUUAUGAAAGAUCUAAAGACGUGAUAGCUGGCAUAAAAUGGUCAGAAGAAUUAGAUAAAACAUUUAGAAGCAACUACGAUCUAGAUCCCAGUCUAUCCUGGCAGUACUUUGGUAGUUCCACAGGUUUUAUGAGACAGUUUCCUGCCAUGAUUUGGUCACAGGAACCAAUUGAUUUAUUCGAUUGCCGUACUAGAUCGUGGUACAUUGAAGCGGCAUCGUCUCCCAAAGAUAUUGUCAUUUUGGUUGACAGAUCUGGAUCAAUGACAGGCAUGAGAAGAGAAAUUGCACGUCACGUCGUACAUAACAUUCUGGAUACGUUGGGGAAUAACGAUUACGUCAACAUCUAUACGUUUAGUAAUACUACUGAUCCCUUAGUCGACUGUUUUGAUAAAAAGCUAGUUCAGGCAAACCUUGCAAAUAUACGAACAUUAAAGGAAAGCAUGAGCGAUUUCAAGACAGAACAAAUAGCCAAUUUCUCAUUAGCUCUCAUCACAGCCUUUCAAUUGCUGGAAACUUACAGGAGAGAAAGUUUAGGUGCCAAUUGUAAUCAAGCAAUAAUGUUAAUAACUGACGGAUCGCAGUACAAUUUCAAAGAGAUUUUCGAGCAAUACAACUGGGACAGCUUGCCCAUAGUCAACGUCAGAGUAUUUACUUAUCUGAUUGGUCGUGAGGUCAGCGAUACUAGAGAAGUCAAGUGGAUGGCAUGUGCAAACCAAGGCUAUUAUGUACACCUGAGUACUUACGCAGAAGUACGAGAAGAAGUACUUCAUUAUAUACCAGUAAUGGCGAGGCCAAUGGUACUCAACGCUAGUAUCAAACCGAACCCAACGUGGAGUCCGGUGUAUGCGGACGUCACCGAUCCAAAGCUGACCAAUUGGCUUUGGGUUAACAGGGAAAGGAACACUCAAAGAGAGAGAUAUCUUAUAUUCAGUAAAUAUAAGGAUAUGAUGUCGCCGGAUGAGAUUGAUAAGAAAUUUGUCCAUCAACAAAAACGGAAACAAGAUAAUUAUGGUGAAACCCAAACGUACCAUCUCAUGACGUCAGUAUCACUUCCAGUCUACGACAAAAAGCCCCGUCAGAACAUAACCGAACAAAAACAAAUUAACGAAGCCCUAUGGAUAACGGUGACCAGAGAGGAAAGAGUUGCAAAUCCUGGGGUUGCAGGAACUGAUGUCCCAAUUGAGUACAUUCAAAGACUGAUGCUACCUUACCGGUUGGGUGUAAAUGGUUAUGGAUUUAUUGUAUCCAAUAAUGGAUACAUUCUGAUACAUCCUGAUUUAAGGCCAGUGUACCAAGGGAUAUUGAAGCCUGCCUACAAUAGAGUAGAUAUGAUGGAAGUUGAAGUAAUUGAUGAUGAUACCGAACCAAGAAAAUUUAACGAUGACAUUAAAGAACUAAGAUACAAAGUUAUCAUGCAGAAAAAGGGAAACGCUACUAUGAGAGUGAAAAGCCAUCUGGAUGAUAUGAAACGGAUCAGUAUCAGCAAACGUUAUUAUUACUACACUGGCAUCAACGGCACACCUUUCAGUUUGGUCAUAGUCCUACCACAUAAAUAUGGUUUUAAUAGAGUACAACAUGCUGUAGAAAACGAUAUUCAUCGUCUCCGAUCAAACGACAAAGGAUUUAUGCAAUAUUUUACUGGAAACUGGACCAUACAUCCAGAGUGGCAAUACUGUCGGUACUUGGAUGACAAGCACUAUUUUGAAACUGCUGAAGAUGAGUUUCAACAUUUCCUGAAGAAAGUGGAAGGUCCAGCUUGGAAAUGGUUUGAAAAAUCCAAAGAAUGUGAUCGCAAGCUGUUUAGUAACACGGUUGCUGACGCUAAAAUAACUGCUUGGUUUAGUGAGAACAUCACUACCACUACAACAACUAAGGAAGAUAAUGGAUCACAACUGAUUAGGGAAUACGGUGUCGUAGUAGCCUUUAUGGCUACACAUAGCGGUUUGACACGAUGGCAAAAUUUCCCGCAAAAUAUCGAUUCCAAUAUACAUGAAAGACAUUUUCAUAGAAUUCAUAACAAAGCUAUAGAAGAAAUAUGGUACAAAAGGGCCGUGGAACAACAUUAUAUCGAUCAAAGUAGUUUUGUGUAUUCAGUUCCACACGAAAUAGGUGAUGCAAACAAUACACUCGUCACUGUCAGCCAUGCCAUAUUCAAAGAAGAUGGUAAUCGGAAGACGCCAGUAGCUGUGGUGGGUUAUCAGUUCUACCACACGUCUUUAUAUAAUUUCUUCAGAAAACACACUAUUAAUUGUGGAGACAUGCAAAAAGCAUGUAAAAAGACCUGCGAUUCAGAAGAGCUACAUUGCUUGAUGCUGGAUGAUUCAGGUUACGUGAUCGUCAGCGACAACCUCCAAGAAACCGGAUAUUUCUUCGGGAAAAUCCGACCGGACGUCAUGAGUCAACUGAUCGAUGAAGGAAUAUACAGGGAGCAUAAAAUGUUCGACUAUCAGGGACUGUGUCCCGAAGGACAUGACACUGGUAGUUCGGCUUCGAAAAUAAUGCUGCACUUAUUUCAGCCCUACUUUUACUUAAUGGCAAUACUGGAAUGGGCGACAAACGCUUUGACGUUGUUCGUAGAAGCUGCCACUGGUAAUUUGUAUGAUCCAGCCCUCUACCAGCAACAAAACGAACCGUUCGAUGAAUCCAAUGAUGCUCAUGAUCACGUGGUCGUGUUAGAUCAAGAGGAACAAGAGCAUAAGGAUCACGAUUAUGAACAUGAAACUGGCAGUGACAAAGCAUUUGAUGAGAGCGCUACCAUGCAAAAAACCAAACCAGAACCAUGUGAUAAUGAAUUCUCUUUGUACAAUUUGGUUCACUACAGUGAUCGGAAUAUUUCAAAUAGUGGGUACAACAAAACGAUGGGUAACUGCUCAAGGCCCUUUAUUGUUCAACGUGUAACUGGCAGCAACAUGAUAUUAAUAGUCAUUAAUAACCUUUGUCAGGAACAGCACGAUAAGUACCCCCCUUCGCCAGAUCCCCAACAAAUUAAUUACAAUAUAUCCUUAUCGUGCCUCAUGAAUCAAGUGGACUUACCUAGACGCCAUUAUAUGAGCUGUAUUAAUAGAAGUGCAAACGAAAGUGAAAUAAAACUUUGCGGAACAGGGACCAACAUAUCACCCAAACAUGUCGUAAAAUUCCUAAUAGGAUUUUAUUUAUUUAAAUUUAUCCGUUAUAUAGUUUAAACCAAUUCUCAAUUAAGGAGUUCGUUCAGCUGUGAUACAUUUAAUUGUUGUUUUACAUAACCAUAAGAUAUUGAAUUUCAUUGCAUUAUAUAUGUUUAAAAGAACUACUAAACCCUAUAUAUUUUAUCAUUCCUUUUUGAUUAUUUAAAUAUAUUAAAAUUAUUUAUAUAAAUCGUUACAUUGUUCUUUCCAUAUUAUUAUAUUCUUUUGAUUAUAUUUUUAUUUUCAUAUUUAUUUUAUUUU